AUGAAUACAUUGCCUGACCCUCCUGUUGAUGUAGUAACGUCCUUAAAAUUCUCCCCUCGGGAUCAGCUUUUAGUAACUUCUUGGGACAAUCAGAUACGGCUCUAUGAUGCGGAAUCUUCUAACCUAUUGUCAAGCAUACAAGCACCAUCUACCCCACUAAGUACCAUAUUCAAUUCGGGUACUUUCCACUCGGGAUACAUUGAUGGCACAGUGAGAUCGAUCGACUUGGAAAAUCAAUCUUUUAGUACAAUAAAAUUAACGAGCAAAAAAAAUGACACACUUGACGAAGAUCAUUCAGUUGGAGUAGCUCACUUGAUGAACCAAAGGCCAGCAUCAAAUGAUCCAGUUUUGAUUGGAGCUUCGUGGGAUGGAAAAGUAAACGUAAUUGAUGUAAGAUCUAAUAAUAUAGCGUCCACUACACAGAUGCCUAAAAAAAUCUUUUCCAUGGACACCUCAGACGAAUAUCUAGUAGUUGGAAUGUCUGGUAGAACUAUUCAUAUAUAUGAUCAUAGGAUGAAUUAUUCGGAACCGCUCCAGAUUCGCGAGAGUGGGUUGAAGUUUCAGAUGAAGGAUUUAAAGUGCUGGGAAGAAGGGUACGCCCUUGCUUCUAUCGAUGGAAGAGUUGCAAUUGAGUAUUAUGACCCAUCAGACUCCGUGCAAGAGAAGAAAUAUGCCUUUAAAUGCCAUAGGGUACCUGGAGUGGAGGAGGAUGUAGUCUUCCCAGUCAACUCUAUUCAAUUCAAGAAGAAUCUUUUAUAUACUGGUGGUAAUGAUUCAGUAUGUGUAUGGAACUUCCAAAAUAGAAAAAGAGUUAAGCAAUAUAAAGUCGGGGCCGAAAAUGGAGGAGGAGAGGUUAAUAAGAUAAGUGUCAGUGAUAGCGGCAAGUAUUUAGGAAUAUCUUCAUUCGACAAAGAUGCACACAAGUCGGUGUUACACUUGAAGACUAACGAAUUUGGUAAGCGAUGA